AAACACGUAAGUUGUUUAGGCUAAGUGACAUUUACCCUUAAACAAUUAAUGCUUGUUUUUGAGACGAAAGUUUUGAUUGUUUGGCAUAAUGUCUACGAACACUGAAGAUACACCCGACAAUCCAUCUCCGGCGACGUUUGGAAAGCCUUGGCCAGAGUUCAACGACGGCCUUACCUAUCGUGACCUUGUCCGAUCACCUGAUUCCGGUUUGACGCUGAUUGACUUUUACUCUAUCAAGCAUCAGAGUUCAGCUCCUUUACUAGGUUGGUUGCAGAGAAUCGAAAAUGGGCAGAUAACAGUUAAUGGUACAGUUAUCACUGAUCCAAAGACUGUUCUAAGGAUUGGUAGUGAACUAGUAUAUCACAGACAUCCAUCGAAAGAACCAUAUGCACCACACUUGCUUGAAGUUCUGUUUGAAGAUGAUCAUUUGAUUGCUCUAAAUAAACCCUCUGGUUUACAAGUUUUACCUGGUGGACAAUUUCAACAAAGAACUGUUCUCACACAGCUUCAAUGGCAUAUGAAGAAUCAAGAAUCAUGUCCUGUUCCAGUUCAUAGGCUUGGAAGAGGAACUUCAGGAAUAUUACUUUGUGCAAAAACAAAGCUUGCAAAAACUAAGCUUGCAGCUCUUUUUGCUGAAAAAACAUCACAGGUUGUUGGUAACAGAAAAGUCAACAAUGAGGUCAACAAGGUAGUCAAAAUGUCAAAGAUAUACAGGGCACUAGUUUGUGGAAUUAUAAAUGAUGAUGAGAUUGUCAUUGAAGAACCAAUUGGAACAUUGAAAUAUCCUGGAGUUGCUAAAGGGUUAUAUGUUGCUUCUUCUUCAGGGAAACCGGCAUUGAGCAGAGUUCAUGUUUUGAAAAGAGAUGUAAAAAAUAACCACACAGUUGUUCAGGUUCUAAGAUUUAAAGAUGUGGAGAUUCAAUCUGGUAGGCCCCACCAGAUCCGAAUUCAUCUUUCGUUCAUUGGACAUCCUUUGCUAGGUGAUCCACUUUAUGUUAAUGGUGGGAUACCAAAGUGUUGUGCUCCUGAAACUGUUGAUGAAACAUUUGCUGAAGAUGGAGGGUAUAAGAAGCCUGCAAAUCCUGUUCCUGGAGACUGUGGUUACUACUUGCAUGCUCAUCAGUUAAUUCUUUGUCAUCCAAUCACAAAUGAGUUGUGUAAAAUAACAGCUCCACUACCACCCGUUUUCUUAGCUAACGAAUCAAGUGAAUCAACAAAUCAGGAGUGAUAACAUUUUCUUUUCAUAUUUAAAGUAUGUACAAUAGUUUAUUUAUUAAUUAUGAUGUUAGUUCUUGAUCUUCUAGAAGCCGAAGAGCACAUGAAUUAUGCAUACGGGCUAAUGUUGUAAAUGAGUAACUUAUAGACCGGUUGUCGCACCUGAUUUAAACUAAUAAAAUUGUCA